UGUUGCUCAACUAUUUAUGACAGCCGCGGACGCAGCUAUUCGGAUGUGAAACUGCCGAAGCGAAAGUAAUCGCUUUUAGAUUUCUUUUAAUUUGAUGUAUAGGUCGGUAAAUUGUCCGCGUUUUAUUUUUACGGCCAGAGUAACUAUAUACAGCAUUUCAUCUUCUGCUUUGUACGUUUGUCUUCGACAGUUUCUGGAGAAUCCUAACCCUGGAAGUAUCGUUUCCUUGUGGUUCUUUAUGUGGAAAACAUAAGUGGAGCAGUGAACUGUGGGAGUCUUUAACGGCCGGUGGACUGUCCCCAGGUUUCUGACCCGAGUAUUCUUGCUCAGUGCAUCUCUCCCUGUUGGCCAUGGAAGCCGUUGGAAAAUAUGAUUUCAUGGCCACUGCCGAGGAAGAGCUCAGUUUUCGAAAGGGGGAUAUUCUGAAGAUCUUAAGCACCGAGGAUAACUGGCACAAGGCAGAGUUUCAUGGACACGAAGGCUUUGUUCCCACCAAUUAUGUUGACAGAUUCAUUCCCAGCUGGUUCAAGGAGAAUGCCAGCCGGAGCUCAGCAGAGGACAUGCUGAUGCCCUGUGAGCUGGGGGCCUUCCUGAUCCGCGGCAGCCAGAGCUCCCCGGGGGAUUUCUCCAUCUCCGUCAGGCACGAGUACGAUGUGCAGCACUUCAAAGUGAUGACGGAUCACAGCGGCCACUACUUCCUGUGGACGGAGAAGUUCACCUCCCUCAACAAGCUGGUGGAGUUCUACAAGACCACCUCCAUCUCCCGGCAGAGACAGAUCUUCCUGCAGGAUGGAAGCCGGGAUUUUAAGGCCCCGCCCAUGUCUAUGCCUGCAGCUCUGCCCCCGCCGGGAAAGAGAGGAAGUCUCCCUGAGGAGAGGAGUUCCUCCAGUGGAGGGUUUGGGGGUUCCCCCAACCCCGCAGCCCAACGCAGGGCCUCAGAUAUUCUCCCGACUGCACAGUAUAAGAGAAGCAGUCUGGAGGACAGAGCUUACACCUCAGGGACCAUGGGAAUGCCCAGUCCUGCCUCAUUUGCCCCUCCCCUACGCCGGCCGUCCGACAACAUGCCAUUCCCACAGAGGCCAGCCAUGCACGUAAGAGCGCUGUACGACUUCACCGCAGAAGAAAGCGACGAGCUGGGCUUCAGUGCUGGUGAGGUGAUCGAAGUCAUGGACAACUCAGACUCGUCAUGGUGGAAGGGAAGGCUGAGGGGCAGGAUCGGCCUCUUUCCCACCAACUACACCACGCCCAUAUGAAGCCACGCCCACGAACCAAGCCAUUGGUCCACAUGCAGCCUCAUUCAGGAUAGUGUGCAAAAGCAGAAUGUUGCGCACCCUGAACAUCGCUUGCCACUAACUGAACGAAGCCCAGGCAACUGAGUGAGAUUCAUGGACUCUAGUCACAAAUGUUGACAAGCGGGUUUUCUUUGUUUAUUUUAACAGAGUGUAUUAUAUAAGACAGCGAUAAAUUUGUUUUUAACUUGGUUAAAGGUCAAAUGAUAAAACCUAUUGUAAAAUACUGUAUCAUUGGGGUAAAUCUGGGGAAAAUUCAUGUCAAAGUGGAGGAAGGCAUGAUUUUUAUAUGGUAUGUGUGUAAUAAUUAUCCAUAAACCAUACUUGGUAUCCCUGGAAACCAAGAGGAAACUUGCCUAUAAAAUACAGACAGAAUGAUGACUGCAGAAGACACCAAAACAAUAAGGUGUUUGGCAUUUUCUGCAUUUGGUAGGAAAAUUGUUCUGUGGUGUAUUUAGGAUGCCAGUGUGGGUACUUCUACAAGGGUCUUUGUGUUCCUCUCCCUCCUUAUCCAUUCUAAAGCAAAGUCCAUCCUGAUUAGAUUAUUCCAUAGAGGGCUUCAUUAAAUCAGCUGUUUUAUACAAUUAGUCAUUGUGAGACACAUGACCCAAGAUAUAUAAUACAAGUUAAUAAAUGCAUGCAAUAAAAUCAAAAUGAGGAAGAAAAAGGAAAAGUUUCAUGUUGACAACAGUUUAUUAUUUUUUCAUAACUGCUGACUCUUUAGCUGCAUUUAUAUUCGAUAUGAUCAUAAACCAGUAAUUUACCUGAAAACCUUGUUUUAUUUUUUUCAGGAACAUGCUCAUCAUGGUAUUAGGAUACAUACUUGAAUGAACUGUACUGAUAUAAUUUUCCUAAUGAAUUACAUUAUAUAGUCCAAUUAAAGUAUUUUU